AUGAGUAGAGACUCUUUUCAGGGCCUAAGGUCGAAGACCUUGAAAAAAAUUCAUUAUGAAUCUUCAUUUCUUUUCCAUAGUCUAAUAAAAAGACCGAUCUAAGUGCUGGAAUCAGGGCCUAGUGGGACGAUCGAUGAGGGCGAGGUUGGGGGAGGGGGGGGGGGGGUACGGGAGGGUGAGCCAGCACCAAAGACUGAAGGAUAAUUCGAGAGCUUACUUGGGUCGUCCAUUUCGCAUUGUCAAUUCCAGAGGGAGAAUAUCGAGUUGUCUUCUUCCGGUAGAUAAAUACGACUCAAAAUAGACCAGAGGAGCCGCCGGCUCUCGCGUCCUUUCGGCACAGAGAGAGAGAGAGAGAGAGAGCGAGAGAGAGAGAGAGAGAGAGAGAGAGAAAGUGGAGAGAGAUAUCGUGCAGAGCUGUGAAGGGGGAUGAUGGAGACGGGCAUUAGGAUUAGGAUAUCUCGUUGGGCUCGGCGAAGGUGUUGCUGCAGUCGCUGUUGGCUUAUUCUUUCCAGUCUAGUCUUUUUAUACGGUGGAAGGAGAGAGAAGGUGAAGGAGCGAGAGACAGAGAGGGGGAGGCAUCACCUCUCCCUCUCUUUCUGUCUCUCCUCCCGCAUUUAUUAGUUGUUCGGGUGGGAGGAGAAGGGUCUCAAAUCAGAGCCGGCCGUCUCUAGACCCAACCGAAAAUAGACAGGGUAGAGUAGAGUCGCAUACUACCGCCUUGACCGUCCCCCUCUCGGGUGGCGCCACGGCCUUUAUGGUACUCCCCUCGACCGCACCUCUGCUAGGAGAGAUGUAGAGAGAGAAAUGGUGAACUGGGGGGAUAUGCUGCUUGGGAAUUGGUGGCUACGUUUGCAACGGAUACCGACUAUAAAUAGGCGGGAAGAUCCCGAUAUGGCCACAUCAGCCUCGCGGUAUGGUGGCCUUGAUACGCACUCGAAUACCCCUUCCACCGGCGUGGCUUCUCCGCAGUGUUUUUAUCUUAACUGUACCUCCCCUAGUGAAAAACCAGAGCGAGGUAAAGAGAGAGAGAGGGAGACAGUCCAUUGAUGUCGGUCGGGUUAGUGCAACUCUCCAGAAGAGGCUCGACCUGUCGCCAUGAAGCCACGCCGAGCCUGCGGCGGCAGCAGCAGUAACAACAGCAGCAGCAGCAGCGGAGUGGGGGAGCGGGCGUGAGGUGACCAACGGCGUCCUCUUCUUCCGAGGCUUGGCCCAGCCGCGACUGAGGCCAACGUAGGCGUGAUUUGACCGCGGCCGCAGGGCCCGCAACGCGGUGGCGGCCUCCCUGACCGGAACCUCCGCCGCCGACGGCAACGACCGCGGCGGUCAGAUUGGCGGCAGGGAGGGGCGAGUUAAGGACCGGCAGGUACGGCAUCUCCGUCCAGUGCCCGGUGGUCUGGCGCGGGUUUCCCGUUCCGGGUGACCUCGCCCGUCCUUGCCUGCGUCUUCAUCCUCUCCUCUGAUCUCUCUCACCCAGACCGAUUAACAGUCCGUACUGGGUGAAUGAACCUUCAGCUAGGCGACGAAUAGUUAAGGCCCUCUGGUUUCAAGAGCAGUGCCGCUCUCCUGCCCCACCAGCAGCUGCAGCAGCCUCCCGUUCUCUCUCUUCCUCUGUGCUCUGCUACGCACGCUACAGUUGGAGACAAGAGAGAGAGAGAGACGGGAAUGAUCAGUGAGAAAGCACGCCUUCACUGCUGUCGCCAGGGCUAAGCAUGCCUUCAGAAAAGGGAUCCGAGAGAGCGGUGGUUUAAACGAAAAACCUAAUUAAAAAACGACACCUUUAUUUCUAAGACGAUCCCUGCAGGACCACGACUUGGGUUGCCGACUUUUCGACAUCUACUACUUUAAAUCUGAUCGCAGUAUCUUAGAAAUGACGAACAACAUGGUAAUUUUGAUCGAGAGUUCGAACGACGUGGGUUUUCCAACUUUUCCGGAUCUAUUGCAUUUGCUCGCAGCAAUUUAAAAAUGAAGAAGAAGAAAAUUUUACUAGAGAACUCGAUUCCUCUCGAUUUCAGAGGCCUGAGCUCGAGUAGCACCACUAACGACAGUGAGCUGACAUGGAACAAAUCCCAGGAAAUAAAGGAUUCCGAAAAUAAGAAUAAAUAAGGAUAAGAGAUGUAGCCAAGUCAAAGACGGGAAAGGAGAAGAUGCUAAAGAGUGAGUUAAGUACCUGACAUGCAGUAAUAUCUGAACGCUAUCAGAAAAGGGAUCUUUAGGCCUUGGAGAGUGAUCUGAUGGGGCUGGAGAGGAGCCAGGAUUCUUCUCGUUCCUGCUGCUGCUGCUGCUACUGCUGCAGCUGCUCUCUCCGGUUUUCUUUCCUUCUGAGACGUAGAGAGUUGGUCCUCGCGUUUUCGUUUUCGCCCUGGAGUCCAGAUAGAACCCUAAUAAGCUUCGCAUGUUAGGCCCACUUGACGAUUAUCCUUCACUUAGUACUCAAAGCUCUAAUAUGUCCUCAGAGAUAACUUUAGUCAUCACAUUGGAUGGAUGAACUGUUGAAUCUUAUCUCAAUGUGUGGUAUAUUAUUUUAUCAUUAUUAAGAUAAUCUUACUAAAUUGAUUCAUGAAGGUUAAUUAAGGAAUUAUGGUAUCUCUCAUAAGUAUAGGGUUAAAUAGAUAUAGAGAUCAGGUUAUUUUCAAUUUAAUGAUGAAUAAAAUUAAAAAUUGACAUCGAGAAGACAACCACCUUGAGGCUAUCAGUACGAGUCAGAUCCUUGAAUCACACACUAAGCUAGAGUUACUGCUGAAGAAAGUCAUAAGGUCCGACGACUACAGUGUACUGAUGUUAAAAGGCCAAAACCCCAGGUUCGGAUUUAGAUCGAAAUUGACUCAGAUAUGUUUCUCCAGCAUCUUCAUCCUCCGGUCAUUUGCCUCACACAGCGCCAAUGACACAACCUCGAUAUGCUUGGUACGAGGUAGACAGGAAUGGGUUGUGCAUUCUUACUCCAAUCCAUGCCAUUCAACCUGCCGCAGAACACUAGGCCCACUCAAAAACCUACCCAGAUCCCUUAUUAAUCCUCGGAGGAAUAGUUUAGCCAAAACAUUGUUGGACUAGGCCAGCCCAACAAUAAUCUCUCCAAUUAUCACUCCCUCUUGAUGAUUCGAGACAUUGAUGAGAACCACUUCGUAAAAGUGCGCUCAAAGCCUAAUUAGGAAAGCUCUCGAGUCGUUAACGUCUCACGCUCUACUGGGGAACCUCAGUGCUCCACUUACCACUAGUGAGAACUUCCUGUUUAUAUAUAACCUUGUAUCUGGUUUCAACCUUAUUUCCUUGCUGAAAACAUUGCCCUUCAAUGAGUUCAAGGUAUGCCAAUAGUUGGUAAGAUCCCAUGAGACUGGAAGAAAGAGUACGUGUGUUUUAAGGGUUAAAACUUGGCCUCACAAUCUAGUUUAACAUACAUGUCGAUAGACAAUCCUGGCUGUCUUUGAAGUUCAAGAAAGAGUCCUAGUAUUUAUCAGUAACCCUUCAAAACCAUCACUGUAUAGGGAGAGACUCUACCAUGAAAUCGGAAGUUAUUACUUAUGAUUUAUAAUAUGUAGCAUGUUGUUGACAUGUUGUCUUUAAGGUGACUUAAGAGGUUUUCAAGCAUUGCCCAAAUGAAGACUUAUGAAGUCAACUGCCCAAUUAGAAGUUCAUCUUCAAUUUAUGAGCUCGCACCUACGUGUUAGUAGGAAAUAUGGAUGACAAUUUAGUUGACCAUAAAUGUUCACAAAAACAUUAAACUGACAUAAAACUAAACAAUACUGAUUUCAACAUUUUUAUGAAUUUUGUCAACAUCAAAAUUUCUUGACGAUAAAGGCAAAAACUAUAUCAAAAUAAAGCCAAAAUGUUGUGAAGUAUUAAGCAUAAGGAAGCUUUGGAUAACAUUUCUAAUUAAGCAUGUUACUAUUAGAGUUUCCAUGUUCAUCUACAUUUUACCAUUGAAUUUGAUGAUGAUAGAAAACAUUUCAUGGAAAAUAAUAACUAAAACGUAAUCCCAUGAUUUUUACGUAUGAUAUUUUCAUUAAUUUUUUAUUUAUUGUGAAACCAACAAAAUUCAACAAGUAUAGGAUGGAUGUAAAAAUAUAUUAUUCUUAAUUUUACAUUUAGUGUAGCAAAUCAAUCGAGUAGAAUUUUUUAAUAUUGAAUCUUAUUAGAUUGCAAAAGAUGUUUAUGGCUAAUGCAUUUGGUCUCCUAGAUGCACAACAAUAAAAACAUAAAUAAAGAUGAAAACUUACGCAAUAUACUAAAAUUUCAUGUAGAAAAUUUGAAGGAUUAAUUUCUGUUUAUGUCCUUGCACAUCACUUACCAUCGAAAAUUUUGAAUAAAAGUGAAUAAAAUCAUGAAAAUUUAAUGACAAACCUCUUCUAGCAUUAAAGAGAACGACUUAGCUAUUCUGAAAGUAAGAUAAAGUACAUGAAAGGUUCAAAGUACUAGUUAUCAAUUACUCGGCAUGUUUUCUUUUUGCUAGUUCGAAUUGGUGUACUUGGCUUAUCUAUAGUUGACUAAAAAAAUUUAAGCACUUUAAUGUUAGAAAAAUCUUGAACUGCCACCUUGGCUGGAAAUAACAUAGAAGCACUUUGUCAAAAUUUUGGACUCAAAAAUAAUCAAUCAAGGUGGCAGAAUUCCCCAACAGCAUAGAGUUUGGGAAUCUUAGGUGAAUUAAUAAAUCAUUGAUAUGUCAUAUAUGAAAGGGCAAUCAUUGUUUGAGGAUUGUAACUCUAGAAUAAGCCUAUGUGCAUCCAAUUGUGGUAAUAACAUUAUAUCUAGGGGAUCUCUUACAUGAAAAGAUAAUAAGUUACAAAGACUUAAGGCUAGGUUAUUCUUUCAAUAUGAAAAGAUGGGCUUAAAAUCAAGUAAUAAUUGGCAUUUUACAAUGUAGAUUUUUUUAACAAUCUCUUAUAGUUUAGAUCUUUUUUAAUACAAAACUCUUAUAUUUUAUGUGAGCUAUAAUUGUUGGUUUUAGUGGGCCGGAACUAGGAACUAAGAGUGGGAGUGAAAUUUUCUUUCAAGUUCUUCUUUGUUCUUCUUUGUUCUUAUUUUGAUCUAAGAACCCACAAGGUUAUAUUGGUUUGUCCCCCAAAACUAUUAUACUUGUAAGUAAAAAGUCAAAUUCCACUAAUUUCUUAGUGAAACGUAUUGAACAUGAGACCUUAACAAGUCUUUACUAAACACAAAGGCCUUUAAACGGCAAAACUAGAUCUAUCAGCUCUAGGAAAUCAAAGAACAAGUUAAAAAUAAGUGUGCACUCUUAUAGAUUUACAUGAAGCUUCCUUCUGGUUAAUUCCUUCUCUCAGAGAUCCAAAAUCAACUAAUAGGACUCUAAAUGCAUUAGUGCCAGCCGAAUUUUCUUCUUUGUCUAAUUAUCAAUUCACGUAGUUUGUACUGAUACUUUUAAUGAAAUAUGUGACCAUUGUGCUCUCACUCUCUUUUUUUUACUACCUAUUAAAGUGGGUGAAAGUUCACUCUUCAUAUGUUGCAUUUCAAGCCAUUCCAAUAGUUAUUUGCAAUGGAUCCAAAUUGUGUCAUUAAUUGUCACAACGAGGCAUUGAUUUAAGAUUCAUAAAAUGCUUGUUAGUCUAGUAAAAUACAUAAAAAAUGAAAUCUGACUUCAGACGUGAUGUUUUUGUAUCUUAUUUUCAUUUAAGAUAUCUUUCAGCAUGUCUCACAUGCAUAUACUCUUGUUGCAAUAAAUUUACAUAUAAAAAAUAUUUGACUAUUUUGAGGGGUAUAAAAACCAUUUUAUUUUCAUCAGCAGCAAUAGCUAUCCAAAAUAAUUUUGAUCAUGGCAAACAUAUAUAAGAUAAAUGAAUAUGGUGAAAUAUGUUAAAUACUCAUAUACAUCUAAUAUACAUGAGUGAUCUUUAGGACACAUGCGUGAAAUUAAUUAAAAAUAAAUUUAUAGAGCAUACAAUAAUACUACAAAGUGUGAAAAAUAUAACUCACUAAAAUUAAUUGAUGCCCAUGUUUUCAACUCCAAUAUUAUGAUGAAUUUACCACUCAAAAUCAUUACUUUAUUUUCUAUUGUGGAAAUUCUCAAUAAUUUCUAAAAAUGCCAUUAAAGAUGAGUAAUGUUUUAUAUGUUGGAUUUCACAUGAAUAUCUGAAGCAAAAUAUUGAUAUGAUUCAUACUAAGUUUAUUAUUUCCAAUAAUAUUCAAUUAGAAACUAAUUGAUUGAAUCUGAGUAUAAAGUCUUUUUGACUUUUAUGAAUAUCAUUAAAUAUUAAUUGAAAAUAAUUUUGAAUAUCAUAUAUGGCCAAAGUAAUCAUGUGAAGUAUUUACAUGAAAAUUUAACAGGCUUAGUUGAAACUCAUAUUUUACUUGGUAUAAUUUUGGUUUAAUUUGGUUUUAAAUUAUUCAUUAUUUUGAAAUGUCUUCAUAGUCUCAUUUUAAUUAUUUGGACAAGUAAUAACCUAAGAUAUAUAUGUUGAAACUUAAUAGUUAAAUGUAUUGAUUUAACUUUAGAGAUGUCAAAAUCCUUAACGGAUGUAUUAUACUAGUUUUAGGCCACUCGAAUUUAUAAUUUCUUUUGAAUUUUUAAUGUUCAGUAAUGGAAAAAUAUAAGAUGAUUGGCUUAAAAAAUUUUAUGAAUACAACAUCUCUCAUAUAGAUAAUCAUUUCUAAAUGAUCAUCCUUGACCCAUUAACAAUCUCAAGUUUUUUUCUAAGAACUUUUGCAAGGAAUUACAAGUGAAUUUGGGAAGAUUUGCAAAGACAAGAUAACUUGUUGUGGAACAAACCUUUACCCAAAGAUGAUCUUUGUUAAUCUGAUUUCAGUUAAGGCAUGUUAUGCAAUCAGAUAGAGUCAUGAUGUGAAUAAAGAAAAUAAAAUCAAGAGAAAUUUGACUUUCUCUUCACAAAUUCAAGACUACAUUAAAGUUUGCAUUAAUAUUUUAGAAAAUUAAAUCAAUGAUACUUUUUUUAUUUCUUAACUUAAUUACUAAAGGGAUUUGAGCAUCUAAUCAACUUUGGCUCAUGUAGAGCCAUUAAUGUAAAAUAAAACUUGAAGUAAAAUUCAAAAGGAACAAUGCUUGGUAAUUACUAAUUGUUCUUAAACAUUCAUUUUGUGAAACCUGAAAAUGAUGUGUUCUUAGAGAGUCCAUAUAUCAAAGACGCCAAACUACUAUGAAAAUAAUAGUAUUAUUUAUAUUUUAAAUUUAGGAUAUAUAAUAAAAUUUCGGAUUAAAAGAAUAAUAAAAUAAUUUACCCAAAAUAAAUUGUAGGGUAAGGUUAGUUUAACCUCCUCUUCUUGAUCUAUGUGUAGUCUUAAGUUCAACAAAUUUUAGCCUUUAGUGUAAUUUCAUUAAUUCAAUGCAAUCUUUUGUGAUUUAUAUUUUUUAAAUUAUAGAAUUUUGACAUUAUAGUAUUAUUGUACUACCUUUGUACAUAUUUUUUUAAAAUCAAAAACUUUAAAGUUCCCAAAGAUAAUAAUUAUAUGUACUAUUGAAGCUUUAAAAGUAAUAUAUUGGUCAUUUUUAUCAACGCCUGAAAAUCUACAAAAGGUUUACUAGUUUAGAGUAAUGUGAUAGUGAUAAAUCUUCAUUAUCAUGAGUUAAUAAUAAAUAAAUAAUAUAGUUUUAACUUUAUCUCAUGAUAAAUAGACAUAUUUGAAUUAAAUUGUGAAAAGUAGUUUUUAAUUGAUUAAUAUGAUUUUUUGGCUAAUUAUGUGAUUUUAUAUGAAUUUAUAUAAUCUUAUUUUUGAGAUAAAUGAAGAAAAAAAAUGAUAGAAAAAAGAGAAAAUUCACCAGUCAGCUGGGCCCUCGCAAGUGGAUGGAAAGCACAAUCGAACAAAGUUGUAAACGAGGCUCAAGCAGCUAAGGAUGGGACCGAUAGAGAGGUAUGUGUGCAUCACUCCUCUUUCAUGUGAGGUAAGGAGUGGUCGUACACAUGCGAGAGAAGGACACAUUACCUUUUAAAGCUUGUCUUACUAUAUAUUCAUCUCAAAAAUCAGCAUAUAACCGAUGUAAGACUAAACCAAAUAUCACACCUUCUCCAAAAUAUCUUAAUAAUUUUUUGUUCCUCAAAUAUCCUUUAUUUAUUAGAAGUAGCAGCCCUAAUGAUAUCACUUUAUAAGGAUAUUAGUACACUUAUUUCACUCUCUCUCAUAUAGGCAGGCAAUCAAUGAAGAUUCGAAUCCUACUAGAGUCAGAACUCAUAUUUUUAUUUGAUUUAAUCAUGAUUUUUCUGCAGAUUGUCAAUGAAGGAUUAAGCUAUCAUAAUCACUCAAUCAUCAAUAAAAAUUUCGUCAAUGUAAUUCGUAAAGCAUUGUUACUAAAAUUGUUGAACGAUUCACAAAUCCAUCAAGUAAAUUAUCUAUGAUUAAUUGAUGAAUAAGCCGUCAUUAGGAAGAAGAUGAUCCACCAAGAGACGAGUCGUCACCUCCUAAAAACAUACCAAAUAUGAUAAAGAGCCUCCUCUUGCUACGCAGACUUGAGGAUGAAGCUCUUUAAGACAUGCCCCACUCUAUCUAGCUUAUCUCCUUCGAGUGACAAUCGCAGAAGAGUCCUAAAGUCGUCAUUUUUCUAUUUUGUCGGGUGACAACCACUAGAGAUGAUUCAACAACUCAUUUCAUUGAUAUCUACAUUUCACAAGAAGAUCUAGAUAUUACCUACAUCGUCUUUGUCCAAAGAGAGCCUUUGAGGCCAUAGACAUUGCAUGACAAUCCUCCUGAAUGCUCAGGAUUCUAAUGCAUCAUCAAUGCAUCGCUGUCACGAUGUUAGAACUCUAUUUAUCUUCUUUUUUUAACUAGUUUAACUUCCACCAUCAAUUUCUCAACUUUGAAAAGAUAUCUAAUGAAUGUCUAGGUCGUCUAUGUCCAGGGAAAGCCUUUGAGGCUAGAGACAUCAUUCGAUGAUCCUUCCAAACACAUAGAAUAUCGUCGAUCACUAUCGUGAAGUCAAAACUCUGUAUUUCUUACCUUCAACAUAAUUUUUACUUCAUUUAGUGAUAAUUUCUGUGAUGUCACGUUUCUAAAUCAUUUUUCAUUUAAUUACAAUUCUUAUAGUUUUUAUAGAUCUUAAUUUAAUCAAUUAAAUUGUCUAUCAUUACUUAUGUAAGAAUCACUAGGCGGAACUCCAUUUCUAUUUAAUUUGUAUUCGUCAAGCGCUGAUGUCAUCCUAACGUCUACACUCUUAUUUACCUUUUUGUGAAUUUUAAAUAUAUUUUAUUUUUAUUUCUUAGUCUAAAAUUUAUAAAAAAUAUAUUUUUUCUAAAAUAAUUCUGAAAUAUUACCUUAUACUACAUUACAUCCCUAUGGUCGACUUGAAAAAUUCUUAUUAUUUUUUGAAACUUUUAUUGAAUUAUAAUUAAUAUAUUUGUUCAUAAAUAUUUCUAAAUAUCUAAAAUCAGUAUUUAAUAAUUUUAUAAAUUUUAAUUUGCAUGAUUUAUUAUACAAUGACUAAGUCAUGUUAGGUAGUAUACCCUCAAAUUAUUUUUUAUUGUAGUAAAUAUUUUAAUAGGCAUUUUUUAAAAUAAGAAAAAUUAAUAAAAAAAUUAUUUGUGGUAAAUUUUAGUAAGAAUUUUGUGGAUGUAUAGCUAAAGAUAAUUAUCAUAUAAAUUUUUAAAUAAUAAUAUGUUAAAUGACUACUUUAUAUUAUAUUUUAUUUUUUUUGUCAAUACCAAAAUAUUACUAACUUAAAGCUAAUAGUUUCUGAUUUCGAGUCCUCUUGUACAAGUCAUCACUUAUAGCCAUUAAAUUUCAAAUGGUUAAAUAUGAUAUUUCCAUGAGCAGUAUCAUUCAACUUUUAGGAACCAACUUUUGUAGAAAUAUUUUUUUAUCUUGUGUUUAAAGAACUAUAUUCUUCAACAUUCACCAUAUACAUAUAACUUAGUACAAUAAUUUAGAUUCUGAAAUAAUUGAAAUUAUUUCUUAUUUGGGAUUUUCAUAAUUAUCGCUAAAAUUAUUUUAAUUCAUACUUCACAAGAAUUAUAAAAAUAUUUUUAUUUACUUUUAAAGGAAAUAACUAAAACAUUAACUCAAUAACUAAAAACUAAACUAUUUACAUCAAUAUCACAAAUAAAAAUAUUUUAACUAGAAUUAAAACUUUGAUUUUAAGAUAACUCAUCUCUAAUGAAAUUUUUACUUCAGAGUUCAGUCAAAAUAAUAGAAAUUGGUUGGUCUAAAAGUUUAGACACAUAUCUCUAACUUAUGGGUGCUUAUAUAGUCUCUUUAUAGCACCAUGUCUUUAAUUAUGCUCUCACCUGAAAUAUACAGAAUGGUAAAUUAGAUUAUUAUGCUUAAUAUGUAUGGCAAAUAUUCAGCUUGGUCCAUUUCAAGCUGUAGGCAUUUUAUUUUCUACAGAAGUCAACUAAUAUAAGUUGGCUUUAAAUCAACCAUUAUGUGUGGUGGCUGCGUGAUGGCAUUAGGAGACUAAGUUGUUUUGAUGAUAACAAAAUAUAUAGAGGGUAAUUUGGUAAAACAUAAACUAUUCAAAUUAUAUACUCAAGUGAUCUAGAUUUUUGAGAAAAAUGAUUAAAACUAACUGAAAUUCUCUCAAAGGUAAAGUGGUUCAUAUUUAAACUUUAAAUGAAUAAAAUGAUUUAGUGUGGAAGUUGUGUCCCAAAGGUAAGCAUGCAUAUACUCAUUUGAAACACAAUUAAAGGAAUACUACAAUGCAUUGAUCAGCACAUAAAAAGUCUGAUAUUUUGACAUAUUACGUUUUUUACAAGAUCAAAAAUUAUUUUUAUGCAGCACACAUGUGUCCCAAAAUGAAUCAAUUAACCAACCAUUACAAGUAACCAUUGGAUGACUUAAUACACUUCAUAUAAGAGGGACAUUUUGGCCCACCCUAUAGGGGAGUGAGCAAGAGAGAAGAAUUAGAAAGAUAACUUCCAUGUCCACCUUCUUCCCUUGAGGAGUUCAAAUAAGAAUUAUUCAUCCUUGACCCCCUAAAGUCAUAGAAUAUCAACUGCUGCUCAAGCCUUGAAACUAUUUUCCUUGCACAUGCUAUAGUAACAAGAAAUUAGAGGUAUCAAGCUCAUGUAGCUUGGAUUUCAAUGUCAUCGUUGAUUUAUAACUCAUUUAUUUUGUCCAUUUUUUUAAUUGAGUAAAGUGGUAAAUCUCUCUACUCUAGUCCCCUAGAGUCAUAAUCUUGAAUAGAGGAGUGAACCUCCUCUUUUUUUCCCCCUAAAGCCAUGAAUGUAGAAGAUUACUUCUAGAUGGAGUGAGUUGACUAGAACAACUAAAUCUAGUGUAGGUGGUUAAAUUCUUGAUUUAGCGUUUAUUUCACCAAAUAUUCAGUAGAACAUAAGGAUGAUAUCUUUAUAGAGUAGAUUUGGUCAACCAUGCCAAAUGGACUUGUGACAAUUCCCUACCCCCUGCCCUCCUUGUAAAAAUUCCAACAGUUUGAAACUAGUAGUGGUCAAGUGGCAUUAUGUAUCUGAACCUUAAUGAAAACAAAAUUCAGCCAAUCACACAUAAGAUGGGACAUAAGAAUUUUAUGGUUCUUCUAUCCCAUUAGAUAAUCAAUUCCUCCAACAUAUCCACUAUUUUAGUGCAACCUAUUUUAUAACUCCAAUUCAAACACAAAAUCUGAAGAACUUUCAACUUAGACACGUUAGUAACCAAAAUGAUUAACCUUAAUUAUAGUUAAAAUGGAACAUUUGAAUAAUAUGUAGAAAAGCCAAGUGAAUGGGAACCUAACGCACUCUCAAAGAAUUGGAGAAAUGCAUAAAUAUUUAAUUUAAUGACUUAAAACACUUAAAGAAUGAUCAAUGAAUUUCUAGUCUCAUUCCUUUAGGUUGUGAUAUUUACUUCAAUCCAAAUGAGAUAGCUUGAAUCUAUCUUAAAGAGGUUGCAUAAGACAUUUUCUUGGGCAAACGCCUCUUCAUUUUGGUGACCACCAUAAAGUCGACCAUUUAUCACAUUCAAAAACUAGUUUAACAUUAAAAAUCUUCUUUCACUCUAUCAAUCAUAUAUUUGGGCACUUAUAUUUGGUUUGUCCAUUCAUAGCAUCUCCAAAGUCAUAUUUUUUGGGUUUCACUUCCAUAUAUAAUGUCAAAUAAUAUUUUGUAUACCAAAUCCAAUUUAUAAGCAUAUAAUAUACUAUCACAUCAUUAUGGUGUUUAUAGUUAGUAGUCAAUUUCUGAUUUAUAUGAUUUAAAAAUCAUAUAUAUCAUCAAAAAAAUCCUCAUUUUUUUAUAAAUUAUCAUUAUUUCCAUCAUAUUUUGUGGAUGAUGAAAAUUCAGAAAUUUAACAUGAUUUAUCUUCUCUUUUAAUAGGUUUCAGGUUUUUUAAAUGAACUCUAUCACCACUUUUUUUUAUGAAAUAAUCUAGUGUACUUCAUCAUUUAACAUUAUUUAUAAACUAAAUAUGCUUGUGUAAAAUAUAAAAAUCCCUUCUAUAAUUACUAUAAGUGCUUGCAAACAAUUGGACUAUGUUUGAAUAAUUUAAGAUAUCACACAAACUACACAAAAUUGACAAUUUAAAUAUCUUGGAUCAAUGAUGUGAACAUUCUCGUUGCAAUCCCUAUUUAUGUGUAAACGUCUUUAUCUAAUCUAUCAACAAGAUCUCUAUUAUCAAAUUUCAUCCUCAAACAUUAUUCGAAUGAAAUUGUUUUCCUUUCAAUGCUCAAUAGAUAUUUAAUAAUUUUUCCCAUGAGAAAGAGAUCAAGUAGGGCUUAUGAAGGUAUCUUGCCUUUCAUGAAUAUCCAAUGAUGUGCUUUUUUUAGGAUGGUUUGCUUUUCAUGAAUGGCUCUAAAUUAUCUACGAUAUUUAAAUCAAUACCUCUGUGAAUGAACCAAAAAUAUUAGAUAACCUAGUAAAUAAAGAAAGAGGAAGGAAAUCUAAUAAUUGAGAUUUUUAUAAUUAAAUAACUCUAAAAUUUUAGGUUCUACAUAUAUACAAUAAUUUGCAUGUGACAAUAUUGUAAGAAUAUUUUUAUGUUUUAUGGUUCAAUUUAAAAGUCUUGAAGUAUCUUUUUUAUAUCACCUGUUUCAGCGCCCUCCCCCCUAUUGUAAGAAUAUUUUUUUGUUUUUUGGUUCAAUUUAAAAGUCUUGAAGUAUCUUUUUUUUAUCCCCUGUUUCAGCGCCCCCCCCCCCCCCCCCCCCUCCCGGGCAACCCCUUCUCUCAUGAAUCACUUACAUUUGCUAAAAAACUUAGUUUCUGAGCUUUUCUCUUUUGUUUAAUUGGGUUCGUUUUGUAGAAGUGAAAAAACUUGAUGAAGCACACAAACAUAUAAUACUCUCUGGUAACCCAAAGAAACAGAAUUAUUUAUCUUUUAAAAAAAUUGAACUAACUUGUAUUUUGAGCAUUAAUAACCAAACUCAAUCCUACAUGAUCAAGCAAGCUAUGAAAUGUAAUUAGACUCAAAUGCGAUAUAAAAUCUUACUAGAAACCCAUGUAAGAAAAUUUUAGAGAUAGAUUUGAUGGAGCCGUUGUGUGGUCGAGAACAAGCAAAAGAAGGUUCAUUGAGAGCUCUUUAAAUACGGCAGCUGGAUAGUAUUUUUAUUUGCCAUAAAAUAUAAUGCAUUCCGCUAGAUCCACAAAAUAUAUAAAAAUAAACCAUUUGAUGAACAUCACCAGAAAGAGAUAAGAGAGGUGGCGAGCGGGUGGGGGGAGGGGGGGGGGGGGGGGGGGGGGGGGGGGGGGGGGGGGGGGGGGGGGGGGGGGGGGGGGGGGGGGGGGAUGGUGGUUGA